GUCGACGUGUAAAUCUGUCACAUCAGUACCCUGUAUUAUACCCGCGUGCCGUCCCCAGAUUCUCUGCCACCAGCACCAUUGUACGCUCUAACUUAUGUUCAAAUUCAUACGGCGCAUAUCUACCUCUGUCCUCCCUCGCCCAGACCGGCCGUGGAGAGAUGAUGCCACGUCCAACGCACCGACGAUAGGAAGGAAACGACGAUACAGCGCGACAGAACGCGAAGAUGAUGAGGAGUCAGUGUCGAGAUCGAAGAAGGCGAGGGGAGACUCGAUGGCUGUUGACGAAAAUUCACUGAACGGUGAAGCAUCUACCCCAGGAUCGCGAGAGGAGGAUGCUGAGGAGAAGGACAAUGUGAAGGAUAAGGAUGGCGAAGACCUCAACGCUGUAACACGCGGUGUGAAGAAAGUUGAGCUCGAAGAUAAGAGUCAGGGCGACAACUCAAAACUCAAGCCUGAAGGUGUACCUCUACCUGAGUCGCCUGGAGCAACACCCCCUCCUGACUCGCAACCUUUGGAUGAGACAUCGGAAGAGGCUGAGGAAGUGAAAGUGAAAGACUCAGAGAACGCUGAUGCCCAUUCUGUGGCUUCGGGGUCGGGAGAGGAGGAUGCUGCAGAGAGUACGCGCGAUGAUGCCACGUUACCGCAAGAUAUCCCAUCUGAGAUCGUUGAGGACACUACCAAUGCAGGAGAGGCAGCUGCAGCUGUCGAUUCCCCAUCCAAGCCUGAUGCUCCAGAUACUCAGGAUACCCCAGAGACAGAAGAAUGAUGCAUGGUGUGGAAAGGCCAAGGUGGUGGGACGACAUAUCUAUAUCUACAGUAUUAUCACGAUAUCAUGGAUGAAGAGAAGGAACGAUUAUGGUUAAGUAUACGAUACCCGGAUGGCUGUAAUUCUGGCUUGUUUGUUUUGUUGUUGGUGGGGAUAGCCGUGAUACGCUGAAUGCAUUAAAUUUGUGUAUUAAAGCUUGGUGGGCUGAGGGCACGUAUGUAUAUUUUAAACAGAUCU